UAAAGUGUGAGACAUUUUUAUUGAGUUAAGUGUUUCCUGACUUCUCAUCCUUUCGUAAAAUCUCUGUGAAAUGGCAGAAAAAAUGGAAAACAUUAGUCAUGAUUUUGACGUGGAUGAAAAAUACAGAGUAUACGCGAGCGUGUCGUUCGCUGUAUUACUCUUAGGAAUCGGCGUGCCUCUCUGGUGGCACACUACAACAGUGCCUCGUGUUACACUUCCCUAUACUGGAAUUGAUGAAUUAUCGAAACUCGAUAUCAAAAUCACUACAAAGAUUACUGUCGCAGCACUCUCACACGAUCGCGCCGAAUCGCUUGCACAUGAGAUCAGACGUACGUUCGAAAACGCUGAAAUAUAUCAGCUAAACGUAGAAUAUCAAAUAGUUUCCAAUAAUCUUUUGGCAUCUGCUUUAACAUACCACGAGCUUGAAAAAGUGGCUUCGACUUUCGAUUUAGAUGUGGGUGAUUUAUUAUUACUCGAAGCGACAAAUUUGAAUGACGCUGUUCUAGUUGGCUCAAAGAGAACGUUGUAUUUCUCCACCGAAACUAGUAUAUCUACAUUAAUACAAGUAUUGUCAGAAUGGAUUCUACGUGAUAAGUCAUUGGCGCUGACAAAAAAUGCGCUUGCAGAGCCUACCAUGUAUAGCUUAGAUGAGGAGAAUAGAAGACGAUUUCCAGCCAGUCUGGCAUAUGAUGUUCUAGUCACCUUGGUUAAUCCUGACCCUGAAAAGCUGAAGAUUGUUUGGGACCUUAAGACUGUAACUGAAAAAUAUGUGCAGCCGUUUCUAGAUGAGUUGUCCAUUUUGAGUAAUUUUUCUAUCAAAUCACAGUGGCUGUAUUUAUUACCAUUAGAUAUGAAUCCCAGACGUGUACCUGACAGUAGCCCAAGUCGCAGGCACUUUGCCUUGCGCGAGAAUGUUCUGCCACAACUUGUAACACCAUUGGAGAAAAAAUUAGCAUCGCAGGUUAGUCUUCAUCCAUGUAUCAAUUUAGUCGUUUAUAUGGUACCAUGUGACAAUGCGCCUUUACAUAUCUACACUCGCAACGGACACAGAUCGCGAACAGAUAGCAAUGUGGAAGCCUUUCUCUCUCCAAGAUGGGGUGGUGUGAUUUUGAUUAAUCCAUCAUCAGAGGUUUGUGAGAAUGCGCGAGAAAAUGAAGCUGUUACUCUUGUUCCCGAAGAAACUGCUAUAGUAGGCACAUUCCUGGCACAACUCAGACUAUUGCUAGGCAUUCCAGAAAUGAAAUCUAUUAACGGAGUAACGGCAGUACCAUUAGUGGGAUUAAAAUCACGUGAUUGGGAAAUUGAUUCCUUAUUGAGAUAUCGCACUGUUGAGCAGUUAACUUCGGCCAAAUUAACUCUGCAGUCACUGGCGCGACUACUCAAAGAAAUUAGCAAUAUCGUUAUCACGGAUGUAGUAGGAAACAGAAUCAAGACUGCUCUUGGGCUAGUACAUGAAUCUGCUGAGCAUCUGCAACGAGGCGAUCUCAAACGUAGUUUCAUACUUAGCAAAGAAGCUUUUAUUAUCUCUGAGGCGGCUUUUUCUGACCCAACACUCUUGGCGCUUCUUUACUUUCCAGAGGAUCAAAAGUACGCCGUAUACAUUCCCCUAUUUCUUCCGGCUAUGAUACCGGUGUUGUUAUCUCUCAAGAAUAUACGAAGGUAUUAUUUUCCUGGAAAAGAUAACACAGAAAAAAAGAUCGAUCUUAAAGAAAGUAAAAAUGACGAGGACAAUAGACUGAAAAACUGAAUAAGUCACUUAUCUGAUCGAUAAUAAUAUAUUACAUGCAGACUCGUGCGAUUGUUCGUUCGAAAUCGUUUCGAUCAAAAGGUAAUGUAUAACAAUAAGCGUAUAAUUUCAGAGGUUCUUAUAAGUUUUUAUUUACGUGUUAAACAUAUUUCGAAUAUCUUUCCACUCCGAUGGGAUCAUAUAAUCGUAACGAUUAUUAAAUAUGAGCAUAAGAAUUUUGAAAAUUUUUACUCACUGUCGCAUAUGACAGAUAAUAUAUUAAUAUCUCGUUCAAAAAGAUGCUGAAAGAAAAUGCAUGAGAAACGGAGCUUUGUUUUAUUCCGAAAAGAAAAAUGUUUAAUGAUUAUGUGUAUACGAGUUUAUAUUAUAUUCAUGCAAAGGAAUAUAAUAAACGAUUUUUUUUCUGAGCCUCUUUUCUUUUCUCAUUUGUUUCUUCAAACCUAAUGGAAAGAAACAGGUGAGACAACAUGUAUAACAACAAUUCAGAGUAAUCAGCUAGUAUAAAAUUUUGGUCCUAAAUAGUAACGCGAUGU